AUGGAAGGGAUGGAGAAUGAUGAUUCCAGUGCUCCAGUCUCCAUUACUAGUGAAGAUGAUCGGAGUUGUGUUUCCGAAACUCCGGCGCUUGACUGUUUUGGUGUUGGCGUCCCUCCAGCUUCCCCCAAGCUUGACUACCCUCCUCUAGCAUCUCCGGCACCGCGAGAGCUCGAGCUGGAUUCUUCACUUCCACAGGCAUCCCCGGAGGAGUCCCUUUCCCUUGUGUCACUGGCCGAUAGUCCACUCUUCUGUCAGACACCUCAAUCCGGCACCAUCGACGCGUCUACUUUCCCCGCGGAUUCCAAGGCACCUUUCGUGCGUGGACAUCGCCGUCGCUCCACCCACGUUAGUCGUCGUGACCUUGAGAAAUUUAGAAAGGAAGUUCUAGGUAUUGUUGAAGACCCUUCUCUCUGGUGCGAGGAGGUUGGCGGAUCUCCAGCAAGCAUCAAUCCGUCUACGCUCGACGAAUUGAACUCUGCCUUCGCUUCCGCGAGUAUGUCCCUGAACAGCGGCAGUGGUAUUCCUAGCAACAACCCUGGUUCGGGCAUGUUCUCUAAUUACGUCGACAACACCGGUAACUCCGCAAAUUUGCCCAACGCUUCUCGUCAGUCGAUGUCCCCCGCCAUGCCGAGCCCCUCGACUCAGGUCAACGGUAGUGGAAUACCCGGUAUGAACGCUAGCAUACCUAUGAAUGCCGGCCAUCAAAUGGAUCUUCAUCAUCUGUAUGAGAUGGUGUUGGAGCUGAGUGAGGUUUUGAAGAACAACCGCGAGACGACCAAGAGCAUUGUAUCUACUGCGGAGGAAAUCAUGAAGCGUGCCUCUUCCGAAGGAACUACUCCCAGCUUGCAGCAGGUCAAUGGUGAAAUUUCCGGUAGGAAGCCAACUGCCCGUAUCGCCGAACUCGAACGUGCCCUCGCGAAGGAGAAGCGCCUUGUUGAGGUUUUGAAGCAGGAACAGGUCGAGAACACCAGACUGAUCGGUGAAUAUGAAGCAGCUGUUGGAACCAUGGUCGAACAGAUCCGCAACUACUGUCAGAACAACAACAUGAAUUUCCUUGCUCAGAAACGCCACUACAACAAUCUGCUCCAAGCCGAACGCGACGCUCAUCUGGAAAGUCGUCUCGACCGCGACCAUUGGCACUCUCAGACCAUGAAGUGCGCUGAGAUGAUCCGCACUGCCUACCGCCUUCGCUGCGAAGAGGAAGAGUUGCCCAUUCGCAUCGUCUCUGGUUUACAGAACGAGGUACGCGCGUAUCGCAAUGCCCUUGGUAUGGAGCCAGAGAAACCAGAGGAAGAGUACGGUUGGGAAAUUCUCAAGGAUGUGCCCCCAAGCGUUGACUAA